GUCACGGCGGAGAGGCGGGCCGCGGGUGCGGGCGGGGGUUGGUUGCGGCGGCGCCGGGUUAUAGGGCGGAGUACAGCGUGUCCUUGGGCGCAGACCGAGCGGAGGUGCCGGAGCGCGGUCACCGUGUUUGAGGGCGCAGCGGGGCAGCCGGGCAGGCAGUGCUGACAAUGGGAGACGUUGAGAAAGGCAAGAAGAUCUUUGUCCAGAAAUGCUCCCAGUGCCACACGGUUGAAAAGGGAGGCAAGCAUAAGACUGGACCCAACUUGAAUGGCCUAUUCGGACGCAAGACCGGACAAGCUGAGGGUUUCUCUUACACGGAUGCUAAUAAGAACAAAGGUAUCACCUGGGGUGAGGAUACUCUGAUGGAGUAUUUGGAAAAUCCAAAGAAGUAUAUUCCUGGAACAAAGAUGAUUUUUGCGGGUAUUAAGAAGAAGGGCGAGAGAGCAGACUUAAUAGCAUACCUCAAAGUUGCCACUGCAAAGUAAAAGUUAUCUGCUGCCUUAUUUAUUUCACAAAGGAGAUGGCAAUGGAAAUGUCUGUGAUGAGAUUGGUUUUUAAACUUUCUAUUUUUACAUGUACUAUGUCUAACUUUAAAAUCUGUCUCACCUGUCAGAUAACUUUGCUCACAGUGGGUCACUGGAGUACACACUUGUUUGGCAGCCAUUAACUUAACAAAGACUAUGUAAUUGGGUUCAGUCAUCCUUGAUCAUAAAAAUUAAAAAAAAAUAAAUAAACAUUUCCUGCCUCUUCAUUGUUUAAAAAUAUAUGUAAAUAAUCAAAUGAGUAAUUGCCAGCAGCAUAAAAGCUUUGACAGCUCAGCUCUUUAACAACAAAAGGCAGGGUGGUUUUUGGCAUCUUCUGACAUACAUCUUCUGUUACAUUAACAACAAAGGCUAUAAAAAAAAAACCCAAUCCCAAUAUAGUAUUUUUCUAAAUUUAAUCAGUGCUAGGUGUUGCAAUAUGUAUUAAUCUGUCUAAAGCUUGUGAUAAAAAUGCAUUUCAUCUGAUUUAAGUACUAUUUGUGAACUGGCAGUUGUGCCCAGCCACUUGUCUUUUAUCUAGGGGCAGCAUGUUACCUAAUUCAUCCAGACUUUGACAGCUGCAUGCACCUAUAGAGUAUAACUCCACUCCAGAAACAUCUCUGGUUUUGAUGUGUUAUUGAUGCCCUUGGCCCAGUAAAUCUUCUGAGAACAGCCAUUCUUAGUGUAAGAGAAAAACACCCUGUUCUGGGAAUACAAGUGCUAGCAGCCAAGCUGAGAGUUAUUUAAUCUUCUUAAUUCAGCACAAACAUUCACCUAGAAUCCACUGUUACAGGCAGUUUCAGAUUAAGGAGUGCAGGAAUGAAUGUGCUGGUAGACUAAAAGAUGAAACCAAGCAGUCUUCCUCUGUGCCUGGCUGUAGCCACCAUCAUUACUUCUGAAGGUUCUGUUUCGCACAUUGUAAGGCAGUAUUUUUAAUGUUUUAACUGCGUUUUUUUCAUACCAAGUUGUUCAGAAGAAUGUAUUUACUGUGUACCAACAGUAAGGCAUAAUUUGGAGCAAUCAAUACUGUAAAUUAAAAAAAAACAUUAAAAGUCUUGCUUGCUGUA